AUGGCCUUAGAAGGAGCCCUUACAUCAGGCUGGGAAGUUUUGGUCUUAGACUAUAAACCAGUCCACAAGGUAGCAGUGGGAACAUUUUCUGAUGUUCUGAAGACAACAAGUCUUAGGGAUGGAAAGUACUAUGUGUGUAAGCACCUGAAGCAACGUUUAGAAAGUGUGAAAAAAAACCAAGCUGGCUCCCUACCACUGAUAUGUGAACUUAUGGACAUGAAUAUUUAUAAGCUGGUAAAAGGAAAGAGAAAGCCAUUACCUGAAAAAAAAAGGAAGGGAUACAUCCAGUCGUGCAAAUCUCUUGAUUGCACACAUAGAAAUGGGUUAUUUCACAGAGAUGUGAAACCAGAAGGCACAUUCAUAAAACAGAAUACUUUGAAAUUAGUUGAUUUUUGAUCUUGUAGGAGUAUUUGUUCUAAGCAGCCACGUACAGAACACAUCUACAGGAGCAUGGAAUGCUCACUUACAAGUGGCUACUUACAGAUGGUUACAAGAUUGCUAUGUGGAGUGUUCAAUGGAGGUUUUCAGCCUCUCUUUUCUGGAUCUCAUGAUCUGGACCCAGUUUCACAUCCCCAUGAUGUUCUAGGCAUUCUUGCUAACAAAACUCACAAGCUCAAGCAGUCAAGAGUGGUGAGUUUUAAGUUCCCCUGAAAAGGAAAAGGAAUACUUCCUCUUGUGCACAGUUUGUCUCCCAAAGUCUUCUCCCUCCUGUAUGCAAUGACAAAGUACAAUCCUGAUGAGAGAAUUGCUGCCCAUCAGGCACUGCAGCACCCAUAUUUUCAAGAGCUCCAGGCAGCUGCUACACAACCUUUGGAGCACAGAGAAGUAAGAUUACCAGGAAAUACAUGAGCUCUGCAUGUGUGGCAAAUCACAAAGGAAAGUCAAAGACAGGUAAUAUUUAAGUGGAAGAAUUUCCAGCCCAUUUGGAGAAAGUAA